AGGCCUGUGCCUGCUAGUCAUGUAAUGGGAGGAGGUCUGAGGCUGGCUGCUCCUAUAAGAGACGAUAUUAGUCUCACUCGCUGUGUGUGCGUGACUGCAGAGUCUCUCCCUACAGCAGCAGUAGUAGUCGUGCGUGGGAGCUGCCGGUGCCCAGCAAUGACCUUAUGACAGGCCGUCGCCAGUCACACAGACAGCACAGCAGCAUGCCGGAGGCAGAGAAUGCAGUAAAUAAAGGAAUGGACGAAACUUCAAAACCGCUAUUUACUUUUGGCAUCAUUGCUGAUAUCCAGUAUGCCGACAUAGAUGACAGAUACAAUUACGUCAAGACCAGGAUGAGAUAUUACAGGAACAGCCUUUCUCUGCUCCAAAAAGCAACUGGACAAUGGGCCUCAGAAACGGUCAAGCCUACAUUCAUCCUGCAGCUGGGAGACAUCAUAGACGGCUUCAAUGUUCAGUAUAAUGCAACUGAAACUUCACUGACAAAAGUCCUGACCGAGAUUGAAAAACUGAAAAUCCCAGUCCACCAUAUUUGGGGAAAUCACGAAUUCUACAACUUCAGUAGGAAGCAACUAUUGGAGUCAAAACUGAAUAGUAUGCCACUGAAGGAUGCGUUGACGACCUCUCCAGAAAACAAUGAUCACCUGGACUCCUUUUAUGCUUAUCAUUUCAGUCCUUUUCCUAAAUUUCGAUUACUUUUAAUUGACUCGUUUGACUUCAGUGUCAUUGGGAGAGAUCCAUCAAGUCACAAACAUGUAAAGUCUUUAAAGCUUCUGAAGCAGAAGAAUCCAAAUAAGGAUAUGAACAGUUCAGAAGGUACAGUAUGUACAGGGAGAUAGCUCCGCCCCUUUUUCGGGGACUUUUCUCCCGCUUUUUUAAGGAUUCUGGCAGGGGUAAUUACCACAUAUAUAGCCUUUUGGGCUAUAUAUUGUGAUUGUUUUGCCAGCCAAGGUGUUUUUAUUGCUGCUCAGGGCGCCCCCACCCAGCGCCCUGCACCCUCAGUGACCGGAGUGUGAAGUGUGUAUGAGGAGCAAUGGCGCACAGCUGCAGUGCUGUGCGCUACCUUGUUGAAGACAGAAGUCUUCAUGCCGCCGAUUUUCCGGACCUCUUCUUGCUUCUGGCUCUGUAAGGGGGACGGCGGCGCGGCUCCGGGAACGAACACCAAGGCCAGUUCCAUGCGGUCGAUCCCUCUGGAGCUAAUGGUGUCCAGUAGCCUAAGAAGCCCAAGCUAGCUGCA